AAAGCUGACACUGACACUGACUUUUCGUUUUGUUUUGAAUGAACCUACAACAAAAAAAAAUCUAGCUUAUAUUUUUCAUUCAACAAAUUAUAAAUUGUUAAUCAAUUUUAUGUAAAAAAGGCAACAAAUAUGUAAUUUAACUGAAUCUAGAUAUUCUCCCUCAAUAAACAACCAUGUUACUAUAACCAGAAAAAUCAUUCAGUGAGUAUGUCCUAUGCAAACAACAAUAGACCCAAAAAUGGUUAAAACCAGCCCCAAAAGUAAAUAUUUACGCAGAUACAGGAUCUGUUUCAUAAUAGGAAUAAUAAUUCUAUCAUUCCAAAUUCUUUUGGUGGCGAAUUUUCUGUCACAAAACAAAAACCGAAUAGAACCGGAAAAAUGGGAACCCUCGGACUCUGACAGAGAUUCCGGCUCUAAUAACGAAGCCGCGAAUUCUGCUCGGAGGAGCGACGAUGACGAAACCAACUUGCUUGCUCCUCAAACUAGAAAAGUACUCAAUAACAGUAUCCAGCUCAAAACUGAAGACAUAAACUUUGACUUGCCUUGCUUAAUCACUGAAAAACAAACACUUUCAGCACUGAAUAGAGCUAAAACGCAAAAAUGCAAGCAACUAAUUGCAAAUAUCUCGUGUUUAGCCUUAGAAAAUCAAUUAUAUCCAAUAGAAUUGCAGUCGAGUUGUCCAGCGAAAGAUUUCAGGAUAGGCAAAGAGUUGGGCUGUUUCAAAGAUGAGAAGAACUUUAGGCUUUUGAAUGGUUAUUUUGGGGUGAAUAAAAACGACAAUUCGCCCAAGUACUGUAUCAAUUUGUGCUUGCAAUCUGGAUUUACUUAUGCAGGAGUUCAAUAUUCGCAGGAAUGUUUCUGUGGAUCAGACGAACCACCUCUGAGCUCAAAAAUUCCUGAUUCUUCGUGCAACAUGAAGUGCCCGGGAGAUCCGCAUGCGACUUGCGGCGGAUAUUACACUGUUAAUAUUUACCAGACGGGAAUUAAAAAAUUUAUGCCUCAAAUCGCUAAUGAUAGUUCAAUUAGCAACACCAACAAACCAGUAAAAAUUGUAUUUUUGCUUACAUUAAAUGGAAGGGCCUUGAGACAAGUAAAAAGACUAUUGAAAAUACUCUACCACAAAGAUCAUUAUUAUUUCAUACAUGUUGACAUUAGACAAGAUUUUCUUUUUCGUGAACUCUUAGCACUAGAAAAAUUUCCAAACAUCCAUUUAACAAGAAAAAGAUUUGCAACUAUAUGGGGAGGAGCUUCUUUACUUGAAAUGCUUCGGUCUUGCAUGUCAGAACUACUCCAAAUGAAUUGGAAUUGGGAAUUCAUACUAAAUCUAAGUGAAUCCGAUUUUCCUGUAAAGCCUGUGCAAAAAUUGACACGAUUUUUAAGUGCCAACAGGCACAGCAAUUUUGUCAAGUCACAUGGAAGAGAGGUGCAAAGAUUUAUCCAAAAACAAGGCCUAGAUAAGACUUUUGUUGAAUGCGAGUACCGCAUGUGGAGGGUGGGCAACAGAAAAUUACCAUUUGGCAUACAGAUUGAUGGCGGCAGUGAUUGGAUAGCCUUAUCAAGACCUUUUGUGUCUUAUGUGGCCAAUCCAAUACCUGAUAGCCUUGUUACAGGUUUAUUAAAAGUCUUCAAACAAACUCUUUUACCAGCUGAAAGUUUCUUUCACACAGUUCUCAGAAAUUCCAAGUUUUGCGACACUUAUGUUGAUAAUAAUCUACAUGUGACCAAUUGGAAAAGAAAAUUGGGCUGUAAAUGUCAAUACAAACAUGUAGUGGAUUGGUGCGGUUGUAGCCCCAACGAUUUCACUUUGGAGGAUUGGCCCAAAGUCCUAAACACUCUUGCCAGGCCUUUGUAUUUUGCCAGAAAAUUUGAGCCAGUUAUCAAUCAAGCUGUGAUUUUAAAGUUAGAGUUGUGGCUUCAUAGCAUUGAGAAACCUUCAAAGCGAGUGGAAAAUUUGAAUUCUUAUUGGCAAAAUGUUUAUCAUUAUCAAGACUUAGGGAUUCAAAUGGAUGAUGCUUUGAAAACUUUAGCCAAUAGUAUUUCAAGGAAGACUUCAAUUAACACUUCAUGUCCUGUAAAUUUGAAGACUCUAAGCCAAAUUAAUUCUUUUCAUUUGAAUGACCAUUACAAAUAUGCAUUGUUUUUGUAUGAAGAUAUCGAAGUUGCUGUGAAAAAUUUUGAUAAAAUAACAGUCACAAAACCCAGACCACUAAUGGAUCAUUUGUCAUUUUUAAUGGUCAGCACUGAUUAUGAUCAAAAAGAGCAACUUAGUAGGAAUUUCAUUAGGAUACUAUCACCAUAUUCUGAACCCGUAUUGGUUUAUAAAUUUCAAAAUCUGCCAAAAAAUGGCAAACAAUAUAAUUUGACAUGUUUGUGGAUAGAUCCUGUAGGGAAUUUAAGGGAUGUUUCUGGAAUUUCUUUGGAAGAGAACAGCUUGGUGGGACAUGUGAAACCUAGUUUGAAACAGCCAAUUUUACCAGGCAUUUGGAACAUCAAAAUCCUUUACAAAGAUACCCUCUUAGCCCAAACCUCUUUUCCAAUCUUGCCAUUAGAAUUCCAUACAGGCAAACCAAUUACUAGCCAUGAAAUAGCCUUUUUACAUUCUGGAUUAACCUACUUGAACACUUUUGGAGAUUCUUACUCGAAAUUCUUGCCCAAUGAUUCCUUAAAAGGCCUUCUACAAGAAAAAGCACGUUUUAAUUCACAAAAACAAGAUGAUAGCCUCUUAGAGUGGAUUGACAGUUUGGUGAAUACAUUUUACUUUAUUGAUAAAGUAUGUGUAAAUGGUCAGGUUUGUGAAAAAAUUGAUCAGUGUAGAACUACGCAGUGGAGCAGUUUGGCUCCGGAUCCUAAAAGUGCCAUAAGUGAUGUGAACGCGACUACCGGUAUGUUUGAUAUUUGGUGAUUACUUGCCCAAAUAAUAGUUAAUUAAAAGGCCCCGAGAUAUUUUUUAGUGCCAUAGUCUCGGGGCUAUGAUAUUAGGAAAAAAGUUCUGUCUCUAUUUUUGAGUCGAGACAGUUCUAUAAUAGAGUGGCCAAUAAAAUGCUCAAUUUAUGUCUGGUCCUAUUUAAGCAAUAAUUAUUGGCCACUCUUUAGGAUUAUAAGAAGAAUUGUGAUAAAAAAUGGUGCUCAAUUCUUUAAUCUAAGUCUGAUUGUAGUUAAGGAAUGGUAGGAGUUGAGGUCAUUUUAAUUUUAGGUACCAAUACUUAUCCUUUUUUAAUUUAUUCCUAUUUUAUUUCUUAAGUUACAUUCCAGUAAAUUAUUAGGUUUUAAUGAUUGGUUUGCUCAUCUGUGUUUGACACAAAUUAUACCUAUAUUGAAUAGAACUUGUGGUUCAUUUCUACUACAGUUUGACGUUUGUUUUGCUUCUAAUAUUGAAUUACAAUAAAAACAAUAGACUAAGAGCUUGGAAUUUCUAGUUCUUAGUCAUCAAUUUGUAGAUUAAGGAUAAUUCAAUAAAUUAAUACAUUAUUUUAUUAAGGUUGAUCAAAAACAUAUUUUUUAAGAAACUGCGUGUAAAUGACCAAAAAAGAAAAUCUUGUAGCAUCACUUUAGUUAGGUAAUUUAUCAAAAUAUUUUUGUAAUAAAGUUAAGAUUCAAAUUUCCUGCCUGAAAAUUAUCUUUUGGACUUCCUGGCGGGAUUCAUACAAUAUUUUGUGCUGGGUACUAAAUAUUUUAUGAAAAUCUUAUAGCAAAAAAAUGACAAUAAGAGUAGAAAUUUAUCUUAUUGAUAAAGUGCCCAGCACUUUUGUUUUGGUUCCAAUCAAUUGAAAAUUGUCUCAUUGGAAUCAAAGCAAUGAUUUUCUAGUUCUCAAAUCUAAUGUUUCAAAAACACUCACUGAUUGUUCCAAUGUUGAAAACUUUGUAAUUACUGUGACUUUAUUAAAAACACUAUUCAAUUGUAAUAAAACCUCAAAAAUUACUUAAAAAUAUGCUUUAUUUUGUUAGUAGAAGCUAUAAGAGUUAGAAUUAGUUGAAUAAGAAGAAAAAUAGCAAAAAAAAUCCCAUUUAAAAAUUCAAAACUAUUUAUUUCUAAUUGGUACGACAAGUACCAAUGGUAAUAUUGCCUUCCACUUUAGUAGUGGCAAGAUCAAUUCCAUCAUUAUUAAGGUACACGUUUCUAAUGCACCCUACAUAAGGAGUACGCGAAACAAUUCCUCUGACUCUCUUAAUAAUCCUGUGACCCCCUAGGAACAAGGCACUUCCAGUGUCACUAGAAACAGCAGACGGAAUACCAAUUUUAGGAUCGGUAAAGAUGUUAUCCACCGAAAGAGUGAUUACGUUUUUGGAUUUAACAGCUACAAUAAAAAUAAUUACUUCAAUCAUACAUAAACUUAUAAUAAUUGCAAUUACCUUGUAUCUCAUGCCAUUGUCCGUCACACAAAGUGAAAUUAUUAUUGCCAGGAGGCACAUAAGUAGCAACAACUGGACCUCUGCCAUUUUCUACAGUCAAUCUCAAAUGCCCAUUAUGCAUUUCCAAGACUACAAAAUCUUUUUUACCAUGCACCGCUACAAGUAAACCUGAAUUGACUCUAGGUUUGAUUUCCAUUUUGAUGUUAAACUCUUGUCCGACAUUGUAAUGUUCUCUUAGUCGUAUAUAAGUGUUCAAACCUCCUCCAAAGAACGUACCGGCUUCAACAUUAUCAGAACAUGGUAUGAUGUCGUAUUGUUUUGGGAAUUCUAAAGGUUUGUCGUUCAUGUUAAGAUUUUUGAUGCAUC